UAAAACUCAGAAAAAAAAGUAUUGUUCUCUGUUAAGACCCUCUCUUAAUUUGUUGUGACUUGUAAAAUAUUAGGAAGAAGGAACAUCCAUGGCCAUUAGUGGUUUUAAGCUUCUGUACUUUUACAGUACAUCGCAUGUAUCUCGAUUGAAACAACGCCUCGUCCCCUUUGUUCCCAUAUCUGUACUACGGAGGUAUACACAAUCAAUCAAGGAAAAUUACGAACAUCAUGCAGAAGAAAAAGCGCCUACAACAGCAGAGGAAUUCAUGAGAGUGGCAGAUGAGAUGGCUGAAGAUAAAGAACAUUUAAAAAGAGUAGCAGAAGAGAAAGAUAGGCAGGGUUUUGCCAGCCAAACAGUAGACAAGACAAUGGAAGCGGCGGCUACAAUGGGUGACACUAAUUUUGAAUCUGUAAAAGAAAAUUUAAAAGAGCCUCCUGGCAAAGGGAACUUCCAUAAGACGGGUGAUGACUCUGAUGACCUCCUUAAAAAUACCGACAAAAGCAAAUGAUCAUUACCUUAAUCUCAUGUGAGGUUCAUGAGAUUAAAGUUGUAAUUAGCUUAGUGAUGCAACUUUUUCUUGGUAUGUGUUCAAAAGUCAUUAAGGGUCGUUUGGUAGGAAAAUAAUGCGCUUUGUGUAUUAAUAAUACCUUAUCAAUUUGAACCGAUGAAUUAGUUAUGCAAGCACUAGUCAUAUA